ACGUCCCUGGACCCGUGAAGAAUCUCCAGGUUGUCGACACCGCCGACGGCGAGGUGAGUCUGGCGUGGGAGGAGCCUGAGAGCGAUGGCGGCGCUAAGGUCAUUGCCUACGUUGUUGAGAGACGCGACGUGAAGCGUAAGACGUGGACUCUGGCCACGGAUCACUCCGAGAGUCCGGAGUACACAGUGACCGGACUCCAGAGGGACUCCAUGUAUCUGUUCAGAGUCUGCGCCAGAAACCGGGUCGGCAGCGGACCCAACGUGGACACCGACAAACCCGUACAGGCAAAGAACAAGUUUGACGUUCCCGAGGCUCCUCUGAACGUCAUCGUUGGGAACGUGACGAAGUUCGGCUGCACCGUCUCCUGGGAUCCUCCGGAGUCUGACGGCGGCUCGCCCAUCACCUCCUUCAUCAUCGAGCUGCGCGACCGCACCUCUGUGAAGUGGACGCCCGUGCAGAUCACGAAGGCCGACGAGCUGAGCGCCAUCGUCAACGACGUCAUCGAGAACAAGGAGUACAUCUUCAGAGUGAAGGCGCAGAACAAGGCCGGCGAGGGGAAGCCCAGCGCCGCCUCGCGCCCCGUUAAGAUCAUGGACCCCAUCGAGAGGCCCAGUGUGCCCCUGAACCUGGUCUCGCAGGACCAGAACAAGAACUCUGUGCAACUGAGCUGGGAGACGCCGCUGAGGAACGGAGGCAGCACGAUCACCGGAUACAUCAUCCAGCGCUGCGAGGAGGGAACCGACAAGUGGAUGCGGUGCAACACCCGCCUCUGCCCAGACCUCUGCUACAACGUGUCUGGUCUGAAAUACGGGAAGAAGUACAACUACAAAGUGUUCGCUGAGAACGCCGCUGGACUGUCCGACCCGUCCAACACCAUCGGCCCCCUGCUGGCCGACGACACACACUUCGCUCCUUCCUUCGACCUGAGUGCGUUCAAAGACGGUCUGGAGGUGAUCGUGCCGAAUCCACUCACCAUCAGGGUCCCGAUCACCGGGUACCCCACGCCCGUCGCCAAGUGGACGUUCAGAGAGAAACAGCUGAGCACCAACGAGGAGCGCGUCUCCAUGACGACCAAGUCCUCGUUCACGGAGCUCAUCGUGAUGCCGAGCGUCCGCCCCGAUAAGGGAACCUACACCCUGACGCUGGAGAACGACGUGACCUCCGUCAGCGGAGACAUCGAGGUCAAUGUCAUCGCGGCGCCCAGCGCCCCGAAGGACUUCAAGGUUCUGGAGGUGACCCGGCAGCACGUGCACCUGAGCUGGGAGGCGCCGGAGCACGACGGAGGAAGCCCUCUGAUUGGGUACCAGGUGGAGAAGAGAGACCUGUCCCGCAAGACCUGGGUCAAGGUGACCGCUGGGAUCCAGGACCAGGAGCUGACGGUGACCGACGUGAUGGAGGGGAAGGAGUACCUGUUCAGAGUCACCGCCUGCAACAAGUGUGGACCGGGAGAGCCGGCGUACAUCGACGAGCCCGUCAACGUGUCCUCGCCCGCCACGAUCCCCGACCCCCCCGAGAACCUGCGCUGGAGAGACAAGUCGGCGAGCGGCAUCUUCCUGACCUGGGAGCCUCCGAAAUAUGACGGCGGCGCCGGGAUCCGCGGCUACAACGUGGACCGCCUGCAGAGAGGCACCGACAAGUGGGAGCCCUGCGGAGACAUGGUCCCCGAGCUGAAGGUCCAGGUGACCGGCCUCGCCGAGGGCCAGUGGUACGCCUACAGGGUCCGGGCCCUCAACAAGCUGGGGGCCAGCAGACCCUGCAAGGCCACCGACGAGAUCCAGGCCGUGGACCCCAAAGAGGCUCCAGAGAUCCAGCUGGACGCCAAGCUGCUGGCCGGCCUCACGGCGAAGGCGGGCAGUAAGAUCGAGCUGCCGGCCGAGGUGAAGGGGAAACCCGAGCCCCGCGUGAAGUGGACCAAAGCAGACCUGGUUCUGAAGGCGGAGGACCGGGUCUCCAUCGACACCACCCCCGGACACUCCACCGUCACCAUCGCCAAGACCCAGAGAGACGACAGCUCCACCUACAUCAUCGAGGCCACCAACAGCAGCGGGCGCGCCACCGCCACCGUGGACGUCAACAUCCUGGAUAAGCCCGGCCCCCCCGCGGCCUUCGAUAUCUCGGAGAUCACCAACGAGACGUGCUUCCUGGCCUGGAACCCGCCCCGAGACGACGGAGGAUCGAGGGUCACGAACUACAUCGUGGAGCGCAGAAACGUGGAUAGCGAGAUCUGGCACCGCAUGUCCUCCACCAUCAAGCAGACCACCUACAAGGCUGUGGGCCUCACCAAGUUCAAGGAGUACCUCUUCAGGGUCUUCGCCGAGAACCAGUUCGGAGUGGGACCCCCCGCGGAUCACUUGCCCAUCAUCGCCAGAUACCCCUUCGACACCCCCGGCGCUCCCUACAAGCUGGAGGCGUCGGACAUCGCCAAGGACUCGGUGACGCUGGCCUGGUACGAGCCGGACGAGGACGGAGGCAGCCCGAUCACCGGGUACUGGGUGGAGCGCUACGAGGCCGACCUCGACAAGUGGAUCCGCUGCAACAAGCUGCCCAUCAAGGACACCAACUACAGAGUCAAAGGUCUUCCCACCAGGAAGAAGUACAAGUUCAGAGUCCUGGCGGAAAAUCUCUCAGGAACCGGAAAACCCAGCGCGGAGACGGACCAGAUCCUGAUCAAAGACCCCAUCG